AUGUCAUCAGUAAAUCCGCCUCGGCCACACCUAAAUGAGUCAAUACGGGAAGUCAGUGGAAACACUUGGCUUAUCUCAAACUCUUUCCUUCUCACCCGAUCCUCGUUGCCAGCCCCCAACAAUAUUCCGACUGAGCAAGCAUGCUGGAGUGACGGUACGGGGGGCGAUUUUGUGCUCUCCCCGGCACCUGAACCUCUUCCCGACUCCAGAUCACUCGCAGAAAACUCAACCUGCAUCUCCAGAGUCCACGCCGUGGAUAAUCUGGCCGCAGUGUGGCAGGCAGGCGAAGCGUUUAUCAAAGCGCAUCACAUGGACUACCCAAAUGUGACCAGGGAGCAUGUCACUCUACAGUUUCUCAGAGACCAGCAGGUCCAAGGUUUUGACUUUCCAAAUGUGCAUCAUCACUUUGAAGCUGACUCGCGAUACUUCAUUAUCGUCUCAAGGGUUCCCGGGCAGCCCCUCGACAAAGCAUGGCAGAACUUGGAUGAGGCUAAACGCCAACUUUACGUCGACAAAGUGGCGGAUAUUUGCAACAAUCUAGCGAAAUUGAAAGGCCAAAGAAUUUGUGGUGUGGACGGACAUCAGCUUUUGGAGCGAUAUCUUAUCAAAGGGGGUGGCAGGAACGCUGAUGAUCUUUCCCCGGAGAACCUCCUGCAAAACUGUACUGAGAUGGGCAUGGAUGUCUCUCAAUUGGUCUUUCAUCAUUGUGAUCUUGGCCCUACGAAUCUUCUUGUCGACCCUACCACAGGUUCGAUAGGCAUUGUUGACUGGGAACUUGCGGGCUAUGUACCCAUGGAAUGGGUGAGGACGAAGUUUCGACUUUCGGCAGGAAUGGAUUUCAGUCACGGAGAGGAUGAUUAUAAGAGAAGCUGGCGUCGUAGCGUCGCCCAACGUCUCGACAAGAUGGGCUACAUGGAUGUUGUUGAUGCCUGGUGGAAGUUUCAAGACAGCAAAUGA